AUGGAACAACAAGAUUUUGUAAUCGAUGAUAUUUAUGAUCAGUUAGCAAAAGCAACACACUUUACUAAAUUUGAUUUCAAAUCAGGAUACUUUCAAGUACCAUUAGAUAAAGCAGAUCGACCGAAAACAGCAUUCUCCACUCGAGAUGGACAUUUUCAAUUCAAGGUAUUACCACAAGGACUUACAAAUGGACCACCAACUUUUCAACGUAUUGUUAAUCAAAUAUUAGGUCCAAACCGAUGGAAACAUGUACUUGCCUACAUCGAUGAUAUUAUUAUUUAUUCAACAAAUUUUAGUGAACACAUACGACAUAUUGAAGAAGUAUCUCGAACGGAAAUAUUAUUUCUUGGUCAUGUAAUCAAAGCAGGUACUAUUAAACCAGAUCCAGACAACAUUCGUGGUCUAACAGAAACACGUUUACCAGAUGAUACAUUGUCAUUCAAAUUACAAACAGAUGCCUGUGUAGACGGUAUUGGAGCCGUACUACCUCAAGUUACUCCUGAUGAAGAUCGACCAUUGGUAUUUAUGUCUAAGAAAUUAACAAAAACUCAAACCAAUUGGCCACCAAUUGAACAAGAAUGUUAUGCAAUAGUACAAGCAAUCGACAAAUGGGACAAAUAUCUUCGUUGA